CAGGCUUUACUGUAGCCACUGAGGCAAAAAGCCGUGUUCUGAUUGGUCGGCGCAUUAUGCGCGGGGUGGAGUCAAUGUAGCGCGUUGUACUAAUUUGAGAACAAGUUCACAGCUCUAUCCACAAGAGAACCACAGGAUGUCUGCAACAAACUGUUCAGAGCUGGAUCUGGAGCUGGGAGACUUACUGCAGGAGUUUGAUGAUGUUGUUUCGGAGCUGAGCACACCGCAGGCAUCUGAACAUGUGCUGAGAGAUGUGAAGAGACACACAGCACUGACUGAAGGAGACGACUCAGACUACUGUAGCGAGGCUUCGCUGGUAAACAGCUUGAAUGUCAGUCAAGAGGAGCUCAACAUCCCAAGCUUAACCACAGCCCCAAAAGCCCGGCUCGGGGACACCAGUGACCUACAGAGCUUCAUUGAUAACCUGGAUAAAGAGCUUGCAGAGAUGUGAGAUGACGGGAUGCACGUGAUCACAGAGGACUGAGCACCUGAAGAGCUGGCAUUUAGCAAACUGUAAUCUCUGCUUCCACACAUUAUUAUGCUGAAGAAAAACACAGCUGGAAGGUUUCAUUUUUGCCCCCUUCACUAAGGGAAAAGAGCUCACAAAUUUGUCAAAACCGUUUGGAAGAACUACCAAGUUUCUCAGAAGUUUUAUUUAAAAGAUUACAUUUAUAUGAAAAGCACAAUUCCUUGUAAGUUGUGAAGAUUUAUUGUUAAUGGCUAUUUUUCACUUUUAUAUUAAGAAUGUAUAAAUAUCAAUGCUACCAGGUUCAACAUAAUGUGUAAUAUUACUUUAACCUUGUAAAGAUUUUUUUAAUAAUAAAGAUUUUUGCAUUAAACAUG